AAUCAUCAAAGCAUAUAAACAAUAUUAAUCAUGCGUAUGAAAUCAUCGAAUCCUCUUGUUGUUGGUAAUGUAAUUGGAGAUGUUUUAGAUCCAUUCAUAAAUUCAGUAUCUCUAAGAGUUGUUUAUGAAAAUAACAAAGAAGUGAUCAACAGUGGUGAGCUCAAACCUUCUCAAAUAGUGAAUCCACCAAGAGUUCAAGUUGGUGGAAAUGACUUCAGGACUCUUUACACUCUGGUGAUGGUGAACCCUGAUGCACCAAGCCCUUGUGAUCCUAAUAUGAGGGAAUACCUCUAUUGGAUGGUAACCAAUAUUCCAGCGACUACCGGGACAGCAUUUGGGCAAGAGAUAGUGAGCUAUGAAAGUCCAAGGCCAGCAUCAGGAAUUCAUCGUAUGAUUUUUGUGCUGUUUCAACAACCUUGUAGACACACUAUAUUACCACCUGGUUGGCGACAGAAUUUCAUUACUAGAGAUUUUGCAGAAGUUUAUAACCUUGGUUCACCUGUUGCUGCUCUCUACUUCAACUGUCAAAGAGAGAAUGGUUCUGGUGGAAGGAGAAUGAUCACUUAAUGCAAUAAUAGUCUAAACAUAUCCAUGCACCUUAAUAUAUAGAUAGUAAAUAAGAGUGGAUAUGUUAAAUUAAGCUUAAAAAAUAAUCAUUAUUAUAAUAGAAAUAAUGAUGUCCCGUAAGUACAGCUUGGAUAGUAAGAAACUGUAGGGAUAUUGGAUGAUCUAAGAAACUUUCCCUUUAUUAGUAAUGUAAUGAUCUUUGAAGAAUAAAUAUUUAGUAAUGUAAUGGAGUGUUUAAUUUUUGCCGCUAGGCUCUUUAGAAAAAAGUGUGGAUCCAAGUGUUUAGUAAUGUAAUGAUCUUUCAACAAUACAUAUUUAGUGACUAUUUGAAA